AUGCCAUGGAUGAAGGAGGAUUACGCCCAAUCAGGAUAUCAGAUCAAAUCAAUUAACUGUCAUCUUUCCCCCCUUAAUAAAAACCUAAAAUUGCCGGAAUCGCCGACGCAACUCGGAAGAGCAUUCUCCCUCCAUUCUCCUACGGCCAUCAUCUGCCUUUUCACUCUUUCAGUUUUGGUUAUACUUGGAUUUGUGAUUUGCUAA